UGCAAUGCGCAAUCUCAGGCAGGAGGAUCGCUUGAGUCCAGGAAUUCAAGACCAGCCUUGGUAACAUGGUGAAAACCCAUCUCUACUAAAAAUACAAAUAAUUAGCCAGACAUGGUGGUGGGCACCUGUAGUCCGAGCUACUCUGGAGGCUGAGGUGGGAGGAUUGCUUUGAGCCUGGAUGGAUCCUUGGCUCACUGCAGCCUCUGCCUCCCGGGUUCAAGCGAUUCUUGUGCCUCAGCCUUCCCAGUAGCUGGGAUUACAGGCACAUGCCACCAUGCCAGGCUAAUUUUUUGUAUUUUUAUUAGAGAUGAGGCUUCACCAUGUUGGCCAGGCUGAUCUCGAACUCCUGACCUCCAGUGAUCCGCCCAUCUUGGCCUCUCACAGUGCUGGGAUUAUAGGCAUGAGCCAUCGCGCCCGACCUACAAGUCUUGUUGACCUUAGGAUUUAAGUCCCACCUAAGGUGCCCAGUGUCUAAACCAGAAGAGGAGCAGUUUCAGUCUCAACUUCAAAAGAACAAACGCGCACUCAAAACAAAGGAAGACGGUCCUCGACUGCAGAGGAAGCAGGAAGCUGUCGGCCCAGCUCUGAGCCCAGCUGCUGGAGCCCCGAGCAGCGGCAUGGAGUCCGUGGCCCUGUACAGCUUUCAGGCUACAGAGAGCGACGAGCUGGCCUUCAACAAGGGAGACACACUCAAGAUCCUGAACAUGGAGGAUGACCAGAACUGGUACAAGGCCGAGCUCCGGGGUGUCGAGGGAUUUAUUCCCAAGAACUACAUCCGCGUCAAGCCCCAUCCGUGGUACUCGGGCAGGAUUUCCCGGCAGCUGGCGGAAGAGAUUCUGAUGAAGCGGAACCAUCUGGGAGCCUUCCUGAUCCGGGAGAGCGAGAGCUCCCCAGGGGAGUUCUCUGUGUCUGUGAACUAUGGAGACCAGGUGCAGCACUUCAAGGUGCUGCGUGAGGCCUCGGGGAAGUACUUCCUGUGGGAGGAGAAGUUCAACUCCCUCAACGAGCUGGUCGACUUCUACCGCACCACCACCAUCGCCAAGAAGCGGCAGAUCUUCCUGCGCGACGAGGAGCCCUUGCUCAAGUCACCUGGGGCCUGCUUUGCCCAGGCCCAGUUUGACUUCUCAGCCCAGGACCCCUCGCAGCUCAGCUUCCGCCGUGGCGACAUCAUUGAGGUCCUGGAGCGCCCAGACCCCCACUGGUGGCGGGGCCGGUCCUGCGGGCGCGUUGGCUUCUUCCCACGGAGUUACGUGCAGCCCGUGCACCUGUGAGCAGCCUGGCGGCCGAUCUGGCCAACGGGCCUUUUUACAGGAACUGAGGUCCAGAGAGGACAUGGACACCCCCAGCUCGGUCAGAGUCACACGGGGCUCAGUGGACGGCCUUGGACUGAACGUGGGCUCCUAACUGCCUCCGGCCGCUCUGCACAAACUGGGAUGGCCCAGGUCCCCCAGCAAGAGUACCCAGCAAGGGUAGCUCCGGGGCUUCCUGGCUGGUUGCUUUCCAUUGGCUGCCAGCUGUGUGACACCACAGGGCGGAGUCUGUGGAGGCCCCGCCCACCUCCUCUUGUCAAUGGCCCCAUCUGCCAGGAAGGUUGAGGACUCCCAGGUUUCACCCACUGGAGGCCCAACCUAAGGAACCCUGGCCAUGGUGGCUGGGUUCACCUUGGGCUGACCACCCACUGGGCCGGCCUGCCCCUCCCUCAAAAGGCCCCUGGAGUUGUUCAGGCUGUUGGGAGGUGGCUCAGCCUCGAAGGACAGACUGCACACCUGUUGACCUAAACUCACUGGACAGACUCCAGGUGGACACCAACUCCUCAACAGCCCCAUGACUUCAGCUCCACCUGGGGCACCCAGCACCCCACCACAGGGCUAGAGGCCCUAAGACCCUGAAAAAGGGGCGGGCAGUAGGGAAGGUGGAGGCACACUCCUCUUCUGUUGGACAGGUGAGCUCUGAGGGCAAGCCCUGGGCCCAGCCACGCAGAGACCCUGGCUGCCCUGGCUCUUGUUUGUUUAGGCCCAGGUUCUGCCCAGACCGGGGCCCAGCAGAGCCCUCAGGAGGCUGAGAAACCUCCAGGGCAGACAGAAAGUUGGGGCCAGAGCUAGGUUUUAGAGAUCCUACAGGAUCCCACAUGGGACGGCUACCUAGGUGGGGCACGGCCCCUACCCGAGAACAGGAGGGUCCUCCAGAGAAUGUGCCACGAUCAGGGAUAAGAGCAGGGCCUGCCCAGAGCCUGGGCACCUUUGGGAGAGGGAAAAGUGAGGUGGGACUUGGAAAGGCUUUGAACGCCAGGCUGAUGGUUGAGGGAUGGUGGGCAGGGAGGGAGGGCGAAGAGGCUCCCUCUGGCAUUUGGGAGCUGGUGGGUGGAGGGAGGAGCCCUUGCAGGUGGCUGCAGUCCCUUAAUGGGGGGCCUUACUCUGGGCAUGUGGGGCUCUCCCUCCAUCCAGAGCUGGCCCAAGACCCUUAGAACCCUGAGUGCUGGCAAAUCUCACUGCUCCUGACCCAGCCUGUGUAUUCAAAACGAAAACAGUAAAACCAACAUCAGGAUGUCCGUCAGAAAUCUAAUUUUCCUUCCAA